CAGAAGCGAGAGGAGUCUGCCCGCACAGCACGUACUCCAGCAUUGCCUUCCAGUUCACAGCCUCGUCCCGCACCUCGCCUCCUGCAUGCGCCUCCAACCAGACCCACCAGCUCCGGUUCCUCGUCGCCAUCGUCGCCGUCGCCAUCCAUUCCAUCAUCACCGUGAUAAAACCCGAUUUCAAACUCAAAAUCUCCUACCACUAUAUUCGUGCCCAAAUUGUGCUGUUCUUCCGUCGUCACCUAGCUCUGGAUCGAUAUAUAUAUAUACUCCCCGUCCAGCCGCAUCUCCUCCCCAGCCCCCAUUCCCCAUUCCCCGGAGCUUCACGUGCGCGCGCGCCAUUGACUCCUCCCGUUCUCGCUUCCUCGUGUCCAGCCCCACGUACGCCUUCCGCUCCGCCGCUACCCGGGAUCCCCAGGCACUCUGUUCAUUUUCAGGAGCAGCCGGUGACAGGUUCAUGAUCGUCGCACCUUAAUUGUGCUCAUCCUCUAUGGGGUCCGAGACAACUGAAAGAAAUGACACCUUGCUGGGCAAUGGAGUCAUCGGCAUUCUCGCCGAGACUGUCAACAUGUGGGAGAGGAGGGCGCCGUUAACUCCUUCCCAUUGUGCUCGCCUCGUGCUCGGAGGAGGCAAGCGCGAAUCCGGCGUGAACCGGAUCAUCGUGCAGCCAAGCACCAAGAGGAUCCACCAUGACGCUCAGUACGAGGAUGCUGGGUGCGAGAUCUCAGAGGACCUGUCAGAGUGUGGCCUCAUCGUAGGCAUCAAGCAACCAAAGCUGGAGAUGAUUCUUCCUGAUAGAGCAUAUGCGUUCUUCUCGCACACCCACAAGGCCCAGAAAGAAAAUAUGCCGCUGUUAGAUAAGAUCAUGGAAGAAAGAGUGUCCUUGUUUGAUUAUGAGCUAAUUGUCGAUGACGAUGGGAAAAGAAUGCUGGCAUUUGGGAAAUUUGCUGGCAGAGCUGGACUGAUAGACUUCUUACACGGUCUUGGGCAGAGAUAUUUGAGCCUUGGAUACUCGACUCCGUUUCUGUCUCUGGGGCAAUCCCACAUGUAUCCUUCGCUCGCUGCAGCCAAGGCUGCAGUCAUCGCCAUUGGUGAAGAGAUAGCAACAUAUGGACUUCCAUCUGGAAUUUGUCCAAUUGUAUUUGCAUUCACCGGAUCCGGAAAUGUUUCGCAGGGCGCACAAGAGAUAUUCAAGCUAUUGCCACAUACCUUCGUCGAUGCUGAGAAACUUCCCGAGCUCUCUGCGGGAAAGAGUCUGCCUCCACAUCAUCAGUCAACCAGGAGAGCAUUCCAACUAUAUGGAUGUGUUGUCACAUCUAAAGACAUGGUCGCACCCAAGGAUCCCAGCAGAUGUUUCGACAAAGCUGACUAUUAUGCUCAUCCGGAACACUACCGCCCUGUUUUUCAUGAAAGGAUCGCUCCAUAUGCAUCUGCCAUUGUUAACUGUAUGUACUGGGAGAGGAGGUUUCCACGACUAUUGAGCAUUGAUCAGUUACAACAGCUGAUGAAGAAUGGGUGCCCUUUGGUUGGCAUUUCCGAUAUAACUUGUGACAUUGGAGGUUCCAUAGAAUUUGUGAACAAAAGUACAUCAAUAGAGAGGCCUUUCUUCCGGUAUGAUACUUCGACUAAUUUAUACCAUGAUGACAUGGAAGGCGAUGGCGUGAUCUGCUUAGCUGUUGACAUUCUGCCUACAGAGUUUUCCAGAGAGGCCUCCCAGCAUUUUGGAGACAUAUUAUCUAGAUUUGUUACCAGCUUGGCCUCAGCUAAGGGACUGCUGGAACUUCCUUCCCACUUGAGAAGAGCUUGCAUCGCAUAUACUGGCAAACUCACUCCUCUGUAUGAGUAUAUUCCUCGGAUGAGAAAGACUAUGAUAGAAUUGCCACCAACUCCAGCCAAUUCAUUGCCUGAUAAGAAGUACACCACCCUGGUAUCUCUCUGUGGCCACCUCUUUGAUAAGUUCCUUAUAAAUGAAGCUUUGGACAUCAUUGAGACAGCUGGGGGUUCUUUUCACUUGGUUAAAUGUGAUGUUGGACAAAGCAUCGACGAUAUGUCCUACUCGGAGCUUGAAGUAGGAGCAGAUGAUACGACUACAUUAGACAAGAUCAUCGAUUCGUUGACUUCUAUAGCUAAUGCGCACCGUGGAGAUCCUAAUGCCGCUGAGAUAUCUCUAAAGAUAGGAAGAGUCAGCGAAUGCGGAAUUGAUGACAGCAUGGAUAAAGUAGGACCGAAGGUUUUAAUCCUUGGAGCUGGGAGAGUUUGUCGGCCAGCUGCUGAGUUUCUAACAUCUUACCAAAACAUCGACCAAGUACAUGUUGUUGUGGCAUCUCUGUAUCAAAAAGAUGCAGAAGAGACAGUUGACGGAAUAAAGAAUGCAACAGCAGCUCAGCUCGAUGUUUCAGAUACUGAAAGUCUUUCGAAUCUUGUUUCACAGGUUGAUGUUGUAGUCAGCUUGCUGCCUGCUAGUUUUCAUGCUGCCAUUGCAAGAGUAUGCAUAGAGCUCAAGAAGCACUUGGUCACAGCAAGCUAUGUUGAUGAUUCCAUGUCAAAGUUGGAGCAAGCUGCACAAGGAGCAGGUGUAACUAUACUCUGCGAAAUGGGCCUUGAUCCAGGCAUAGAUCACAUGUUGUCAAUGAAAAUGAUUGAUGAAGCACAUGCUCUGAAUGGAAAAAUAAAGGCCUUUACAUCUUUCUGUGGUGGACUUCCAUCUCCAGCUGCCGCAAACAAUCCACUAGCCUACAAGUUCAGUUGGAGUCCAGCAGGUGCCAUCCGAGCUGGAAGAAAUCCUGCUGUCUACAAAUUUCUUGGAGAGAUAAUCGAUGUGGAUGGUAGUAAAUUAUACGAGUCGGCAAAGAGGCUCAGACUACCAGAGCUUCCCGCUUUUGCCCUGGAACACUUGCCAAAUCGAAAUUCCUUGAUGUAUGGAGACCUGUAUGGGAUCUCCAAAGAAGCAUCUACUGUAUAUAGGUCCACUCUUCGUUAUGAAGGAUUUAGUGAGAUCAUGGCUAUCCUGGCGAAAAUCGGGUUUUUUGAUGCUGAAAAUCAUCCACUGCUACAAGAAACUGAUCGCCCGACAUAUAGGAUUUUUCUCAAUGACCUCCUUGAUGUCAACAAUGUAUCCACAUCUAACACAAAGGUAAAUGGUGAAGAAACUGGAGGACAUGAUGAUGAACUGAUUUCAAGACUCAUGAUGCUUGGGCAUUGCAAAGAAAAGGAACUAGCUGUCAAGAUACUCAAAACCAUCAAGUUCUUGGGGCUGCAUGAGGAGACACAGAUUCCUAAGGAUUGUUCAAGUGCAUUCACUGUUAUUUGCCAACGAAUGGAACAGAGAAUGGCCUAUGGCCACAAUGAGCAGGAUAUGGUACUGCUCCACCAUGAAGUCGAGGUGGAGUACCCCGACGGGCGACCCACCGAGAAGCACCAAGCGACGCUGCUGGAGUUCGGAAAGACCGAGAACGGCAGGCCCACCACCGCCAUGGCCCUCACCGUUGGGGUACCGGCAGCGAUAGGAGCCCUGCUCUUGCUCCAGAACAAGGUCCAGAGGAAAGGGGUGAUCCGGCCUCUGGAACCGGAGAUCUACAUCCCUGCGCUGGAGAUCUUGGAAGCGUCGGGCAUCAAGCUGAUCGAGAGAGUGGAGACCUGAGGAUGUCAGGAUGGGAUGAGAAUCUAUCGAGUAUAUAUGCUGCAGCAACAGAGGCAGUGAGUAAAUAAAAUGAUGAUUCUCGCCGUUGUAAGUAAAAUGAGUGGACUGUAUGUAUGUAUGUGACUAUCUAUUGUACUACAUAUAUACCAAAUCUGUCGCCGGUUGAUUCUGUUGGUGAA